AUCCCAUUCUCAUGCGAGCAGGAAUCCCUAGUUGUGCGUCAAAGAGCGCCGCCUGAACUCUGAAAAUUAUUAAGAUAAUAAACGCGAGCGCCUGCUAAGUGCCUGCGAAUGGUUCUUCUCGGCAUAAACUUGUUUCUUGUGUAAAUAAACGAAGUGCCCGGCGAGCGUUUGAAGUUCUGGCCGGGACCCGGAUUCCCCGCGUCGAGUGUGCGGCCAAGCGGAUGGAUGAAGAGUGUGCGCCCGUCGCUGUGACACCUGCCGCCCAUCCUCCUCGUUAGCCCGAACCCCAAAUCACCGCUUCAUGCCUUGGGGGCCAUUAGCUCGAUCAUCGGCAUUGGAGGCGGCACCCAGGUGGUCCUUUUGGCUGCUUCUAGACGCACUAGAUACGUUCUUUGUUGACACACAGGGCGGAAAAUGGAAAACUGAGCAGUGACAGCGAAAGUGAAUCAAACAAGGCCUGAAGUAAGAUGUCAGCAGCUUUAGUACAGAAGGCGACGGAAACUCAACUCGAUCAGCCACCGGAAGUGGGUGUGGCACAGUUGGCAACCAUAUCGUUGCUACUGCAGUACGACAUUGACAACACACUGAAUGCGCUCAAGGAGCACAAGAAGAUGACGCUGGACGCUCGAUUGGGCGGCGAGGUGGCCGCCGCAGUCAACAACAACCAGGACAAGGACAUCAACCGGAAUCUGCCGGAGCAGACCGAACUGGAGGAGGUUCUGCGUCUCAAGAGCGGCGAAAACGGCUUCAUGCCGCCCACUCCGCCGGCGACGCCCAACCUGCAGAGCACUGCCCAGAAGCGCUGGAAGAUCCUGGCCAAGGUGCUGCGCAAGGACUCCGAGGAGACGGUGUCCUCGUCCAGCGAUGAGUUCGCCGAGGAGCAAACUGCAUCCGUGCGGCGCUUCAAGAGCUUCGAUCUGCUCCGUCAGGACAGCUUCGAGGAUCACGUGAGCCUGAAGUGCUUGGGCAAGACGGAGAACUGGUACAAGUACCGCAUGCAGCUGGAGAACGAGUCGGAGUACUCGGUGAACAUCCACCACAUGGAGCGCCAGCUGACCGCCAGUGAUCUGAUGGGCUUCAAUAAUACGGGCAACAUAUGCGUUUGGCCCUCGGAGGAGGCGUUGACCGCGCUGGUCCUCUCGGAGGUGGCUUCAUAUCGAGGCAAGUGGAUACUGGAACUCGGUGGCGGGUUCACCUCCCUGGCUGGCCUCAUGCUGGCCAAGUAUGCCACUCCGUACGCCGUUCACCUGACCGAUGGCAAUGAGAUAUCGGUGGAGAACGUGCGGAAAACCGUUUGCCUCAACGAGCUGAGCUGCUAUACCAAGUGCUCGGUUCUGAAAUGGCAGGAAAAGUCUGCCCGAUCGCCAGCAGAGCAGGCCAAGUUCGACUUCAUCCUCUGCGCCGACUGCCUGUUCUUCGACGAGGCCCGAUCCGCCCUGGUGGACACCAUCUGGUACUAUCUGGCGCCCGAGGGAUCGGCCCUGAUCAUGGCUCCUCGUCGCGGGCGCACCUUGAGCGUUUUCCAGGACGAGUGCGUGGCCAGGGGCUUCCGCGUGGAGUUGGCCACUCGCUAUAACGAGACCAUCUGGCAGCGGCAUCUCCAGCUGAAGGCGGACUCCGCCCUCUACGACGAGGACCUCCACUACCCGUUGCUCCUGCGGCUGCGCAAGAGCCACAGCUAGGAGAUCGAAGGGGUUAGGACUUAAUGGAAAGCCACUUGGCUGCAGUAGGUGCAAUUAUACUUAGUCAAUGUUUUAGUUGAUAGCAAGCAAAUUCCAGUUUACACCUUAAACAAUGAUGAGGCCAGCAGCGGGAAUCGAAAUUCACCUGCUGGUCUCGACGGACAAAAAGAAAUUCCUUCCACACUGAAGAAAAAUGUAGCAAGUCGAACUCGUUAGACUGGUGCUAGAAAUAUAUGAAAAAAUCUAUAUGAUUAUAAAUGUAUUCGGUUUGAUGAACACAAUAGCUUUCAAACAAAGAGUUUAAUUUCUAUUCGCGAGAGUAAAGUAAAUUAAUCAACGUAAAAAUGAAUAAUUCUUAAUUACUGAAAUAUGUUUUGUUUGUAACUCACUCGUUGAGGGCGUAUGUGAAUCCCUUGUUCGUUUGAAAGUCCUCUUGGGACUUCUGCAACCAUAUCUAAAAUACUCAAUGUGAAUGUUAAUGAAUAUAAUGGUACAUAUUCACCGCUUAAAAGCACCAGUCUAGUGAUCACCUUUAGCUCGUAGUUCACUGUUAAGUUGUGUAACAAAAAAUUCCUUUGAUAUGUUAAUUUGAUUUCCGCUGAUUCCACAAGUUUUGUAACGUUUUUUUUACAAAUACUCCUCGUUAUGUAUAUGUAGUUACCUCUAUGAAUGUUACACACCCACCACCCUCCACCCACCACCCUCCACCCACACACAAGUAUUAUUUAAAUUUAACGUGUACGCUGAAUAGCAUACUUUUUGGCUGCUUUCGUAGAAGGGCAGAGAGCACCGUCAACUGGAAAAAGGAAAACGGACGUCGGUUCCCGGAAACCGCACACAAAGCAGCAGCGCUCGACCAAUUAAUUAAUAGUUAACUAAACUUAGUGUACUGUAAUUACCUAGAGCAUGUGCUAAUGGUUAUAUGAUGAUGAUGAGAUAAAUACAGUAUCGAAAUGCCACAUA